CACCCCGAAAUUCGAGUCAAUUCCUUAAAACAUAAACGUGAAGGCCAAGGGAAAUCUGCUGCUCAUAUCAAAAAGCCUAGAAAGGCUGAAGUGAAUUACAUCCCACUACAUCCCAAAGGUGAAACUGAAGACAGUCUGGAGAGUGAACGAAUUGCUAUGCUGACAGAAGUGGCCAAGCGUGACAAUGAAGCUGUAAUAAAAGCCAAGAUGGAGAAAACCUUCUCCUACAGACGACAAGAAGUUGUGAACCAGAGGCCCAUGAUAGAGGAUUUCAAAAACCGAUGGCCUGCCCUUUUUGAGCAGAGUGAAGUAAAUGCAGAGUUCUUGCGAGUAACAACCAAACCACUUCGAUCAAAGUUCCUCUCCCAGUUUGACAACUUCACAGCGAAACUGAUGCAGAUCCUCCGGAGCAAAGGAGGUGUCAAGGGACAAAGGAUCAAGCGCUUCCUGGAAAUGGCCGAUUCGUGUAGCGACAUUGACUUGAGGAGGGAGUGCGUCCUGCGCAGCCUGGUUGUCUAUCUAAACGAAGACCCAGAUGCGUUUUUCAAGGAGUAUGAGUCCACUGAGGAGGCAGAAGGGGACAUCACAGCCACAGUCAUGGGGAUUUACAGCAUCAGGAGCCAGGGACAUCAAGAGCCAGAUGACGUUGGAGUGGUAAUCGAGGGUGUCAAGGUUAUGAACAACAUCAGUACUGUCAUCAACGCUUUCAUUGUCCUGUUUGGGCUGAUUUAUGCCCUUGAUCUUGCCUACCCAGACAGCAUGAAGUACACAUUCGAAUUUGUCCAGAAGAUUCUCAUGAACCUGGAUGGACACAAGCUUAAUGUGAAAAUUCAGCAACUGAAAAUCAAGCUAUUUGCUUAAGACGCUAUCCACUUUCAGCUUUUUUGUGUAUUGCAAAGUCCCCCCCCCUCAAUUCACAUUCAAAGUAGUAUGCUCCAUGCCAAUGCCCUGCUACAGACUACUCACCAGCGUACACGCACACAGACCACAGAGUUAUCCUUUUUGCUAUACCCAUGGAGUCCUGUGGGUAACACUUUUUGGGCUACACUAAAGUGUUUUCUUGAUGUUCUUCAUGUUCAAACAGGAUGCUCCAUGCCAAUGCCCUGCUACAGUGUCCUGACUUGUCACCAGAGACCAGCGCGUACACACACACACACACUCUUAUAAUUUUUGAUAUGUGGGGAACACAUUUUUGUCCAUACAAAUGUAAUUUCUUGAUUAUUUGUGAUGCUUAGUAAUUCACAUUCAAAGCCCCACUAUAGACUACUCGCCAGAUACCAAUGCGCACAUGCACACUGUUGUCUUUUUUUGCUAUUUACUAUGUGGUUGGUUAACAGAAAUGUUAUUGUGUUUUUCUUUGACUAUUUGUGGUGUUCAAUCACCCCUUAAUUGAUGUUUAAAGCAUUCUCCAUGCCAAUGCCCUGCUACAAGCAAAAAGUGAAAUCUUAGCAAGCGUAUUUUUAUAGUUUCAAGUAGAGUGUUUAGACUUGUUUGAAGAUGUUUGUGCAUUCGAAUUUGUCCAGAAGAUUCUCAUGAUAAAAUCAAGCUAUUUGCUUAUGACACUAUCCACUUUCAGCUUUUUGGUGUAUUGCCAAGUCACCCCUCAAUUCACAUUCAAAGCAAGAUGCUCCAUGCCAGUGCCCUGCUACAGACUACUCACCAGCACACACAUACAGACACACACACGCACACCAUU